AUGCCGGACUUGCUAUUCUCACACGAGACCGUCAUUGGCAAUGCCGGACUCGGUUUGAUUAGCGAGACCGACACUCCCACUGCCGGCCUCGGUUCAAAGACGACAAAGCAAGAGGACGAGGUGCAGGGUGUUCCCUUUAGGAAUUUAAUUACAGAUGAUAAUACUUUGACAAUGAUUUAUCAUCUGGGUGAAGCGCAAUUUGAAGUGAAGUUCGAGACUACUUUUACAGACCAGUUGUUAAGCUUGACUCAAAGCCAAUGUUUUUAUCAAGGGAGUAACCAGCCACAAAAUAACGAAGAUGAUCAAUAUAACGAAGAUGAUGAAGACAAUUACGAUGAUGAUGAAGAUAACGAAGAUGUCCAUGUUCAACAUGAUGAUGAAAUUGAUCCAAUGGGUGUUGGAUCAAGUGACGAGGCACCUUAUAGAAGUGAUGAUACCAUGGACGGCUAUAGUGUUAAUGGGGAUGUAUCUGGAGAUGAAGAAGAAGAAAGGGACCAUCCACAAGGUCCUUUGGAGCAUGAACAAUACCUUGAUCUUGGCGAUGAUAAUGAUGAUCAACUAAUGCCAUUCAAUGAAGUUCAAGAAGAUGUGGCUUUGGAACAUAAGAGAAAACAGAGAACUUAUUGUUAUGGAUAUGAGGCCAACAUUGUGGAAAGCACAGUGCAUGACCAGGGGGAAGAAAUCAAGAAUUAUCGUGGUGUUAUGGACCGGGUCCCGUGUAUGUGGGUUGUAGUUGGAUCAAGCAAAAACAGAUUAGGAUUGUUUCGGAUCACAAAGUGGGUGGAGAGUCACAAUUGCUAUGGAGAGGUGAUAUCUAACAACAACAGAUGUAUGACAGCAAGUAUGGUUGCUUCUGAAAUUUUGCCUAACGUGCGGGAAGAAUUAACUUAUAAAGUUAGACAGAUCCAGGCGCAAGUAAAAACAUCUUUCAAUGUGGAUGUGAGCUACGCCAAGGUGUGGAAUGCAAGAAGGAUAGCAAUUGAAAGGUUGUAUGGAACUUGGCCGAGUAACUUUGAUGCACUACCCAAGUAUGUUGCUGAAUUACAACGUGCUAACCUAAACACUAUUGUGGAAUGGCUCCAUUCUCCAACCAGUUCAAGCAAUAUACAUACAUUCAAGUUUGUAUUUUGGGCAUUUAGAUCGGCAAUUAGGGCAUUCCAACGUUGUAUUCUGGUGAUCUUUGUUGAUGGCACUCAUUUGAAAGGCAGCUACAAGGGUAAGUUGCUAACUGUAGUGACGAAGAACGCCAAUGGACAACUAUUGCCGAUCGCUUUUGGCUUGGUUGAUGAAGAGUCUAAUGAAAGUUGGGCAUGGUUUCUAAAUCUCUUUGAAGAGCAUGUCGGAUCGCAGCGACAGGGUGAUUUGUGUAUCAUUUCAGACCGUCACCAAGGCAUUCUUAAUGCAGUGAACCAAAUUGAGGGGUGGCAUCAUCGGUAUUGUUUGAGGCACGUUUGUAGCAACGUGAACUCUCACUUAAAGAACAGGAAAAUCAAAAAUCUGGCUUGGGUUAUCGGUUCCACUUCCCAAUCAUCCAAGUAUACUUGGGCAAUUAAUCAAGUCAAAGGUGAAGAUGAUGUUGUUUGGCCGUAUUUGAGAAACAUUGGUUUGGAUAAGUGGACUCUAAGGCACGACUCGGGGUUCGUCGUUGGGGUAACUUAA